AUGGCGGACUCGUCUCAGGGCUGGUGGAAGCUCACCUUCCUGAGGAGGAAAAAGUCCCAGCCCAAGGUUCUGUACGAGAUCCCGGCCGAGUUCGUUUCCAACUCAUCCUCUGGCCAACAUGCUCCAGCCCCAGGAGCCGCGGAGGACCCCAUGCACGACCCGCAGCUGGACGCCCGGCUGGAGAGGAUCGUGGACAAGACGACGGCCGGCAAAGGGCGCCACGUCAAGGUGUCCCACUCUGGGAGGUUCAAGGAGAAGAAGAAGGUGCGAGCCACGCUGGCCGAGAACCCAGACAUGUUUCCUGGAAGUGACCCGGCCGGAAACGAGAACCAGAGGGCUGGGAAGUGA